AUGAUGUUCAUUGUUGAUUUUCAUUUUCUUUCCUACAAAGAUGGUAAAGGUCAUAACAAUGUGUUGGUGGAACAACCUGCAUUAAUAGAAGUUGAAGCUGGAAAGUCAGUGACCAUCAACUGCACCUUUAAGGCUGAAUCUCAACAUUACUCUGUGAUCUGGUCUUUGGGAUGCAGUAAUCGCAGUCCUAUUCACAGUGAAGUGUGUUACAGACAGAGAGUGACUUUACUUCGCAACCAAAUCACCAUCUUCAAUCUGACAGAGAACGACUCAGGAACUUACUGCUGUCAUGUAGAUUUGUAUGGUGGGUACCAAGGGACUGGAAAUGGAACCAGAAUAGUAGUGACACAAAGAGGAAAACAGAAUCACGCAGAUUCAAAGAGACAAGAUACUAAGUAUAUACUUUACAGUAUUAUCGGAUUCGAAUUUUGCAUCAUUAUUGCUCUUCUAGUUUUUGUAAUCAAUAAUCGCUUACAAGGUUCACGUGACACACAUAAAAAGGACGAGGAGCACAACAUGGAACCUACACUUCAUUAUGCUGAGAUCGCCAACAGAAAAGUGCCUUCUCGCCCAAGGAGCAAACAUACGGAAGAGAAGAUAACUUACGCACCUAUUAAGACACAGCGUUGAAUGUGCUCAUGUCAGAACAUCACUAUUUUCAGGUCAUAUAUGUUAUAAAAAAUAUUGAGUAAAUAUGUUCUUUAUAUAUUGA